AUGGGCUAUUUCUGUCAUAUUGGUGAUACAGAAGAGACAACAAUUUGUUGUCCAGGAAAAUCCAAUGAUAUCUGUAAUGAGCCACGUGUACCAGGAAUUGGUCAAGCGCAUUUGAAUCGUUAUGCAUUUGCGCCGUUAACCAAACAAUGUUUACCAUUUAUUUAUACUGGUUUAGGUGGAAAUGAAAAUAAUUUUUUAUCACGAGCAAGUUGUGAAGCUACAUGUCCUGUAAUUUCAAAUCCAUGUGCAAACGGUGAACCAGCAGCCGGAAGUGAUGGGCAGUAUUUAAUUUGUUCAACUAGUGGACCUAAUAUUUGUCCUAUUGGAUAUUGGUGUCAUGUAGGCGCUGAUAUUGCUGCUUCUCUAUGUUGUCCUGGUGCUCAAAAUGCAUGUAUUUUACCGGUUAUGGAAGGUACUGGAAGUGUGACAAUUCCACGUUGGUAUUUUGAUCGUCGCUUACGUCAAUGUGCUACAUUUACCUAUACUGGUUAUGGUGGUAAUCAAAAUAAUUUUCAAACAUUGAAAGAAUGUCAAGAAAGAUGCCCAGAAUUAGUAAAUCCCUGUUCAAUGGGUGAUCCAGCGGAAUCUUUAGAUGGUAACAUUUUGCAUUGUUCCGCAUUACGUUCUCAAUGUCCAGCAUCAUAUUUCUGUAAUAUUGGCGCAACACCUGAAACAUCAGUUUGUUGUCCAUCUUAUGGUCAACCAUGCUUAUCACCAUUAGCUUUGGGAACUGGAACUGCUUCACUUAACAGAUGGUAUUUUGAUCAAAAUUCUCGACAAUGCCUUCGAUUUACAUACACUGGUCUUGGUGGUAAUGAAAAUAAUUUCUUAACAGCUGAAGCAUGCAUGCAAAAAUGUCCAAUUCUUCGAAAUCCAUGUCCAUUAGAUAGUACUACAACAAAUAAUCUGGUAGCAUUACCAAAAUGUAAUGUUCAAAAUGCUUAUUCUUGUCCACCAACAUAUUGGUGUCAUAUUGGUGGUGAUGCUGAUACAACGGUAUGUUGUCCUGCAGCUUCGGAUCCUUGUCAAUUGCCAUUAUCACAAGGAAUUAUCAAUGAUAACGGACCAUAUACUCGGUGGUUUUAUGAUCGUUUUUCCGGAUCUUGUAAACCAUUUCAAUAUGCUGGCAUUGGUGGCAAUCAAAAUAAUUUUUUAACAAGAAAUGAUUGUGUUAAGCGAUGUCCAGAAGGAAAACCUAUUGCUAUAAUAUCACCGAUAUCAUCAUCAUUAUUGUCAUCAUCAUCAUCAUCAUCAUCAUCAUCAUUAUCAUCAUCAUCAAAUUUAUCAAUUAUCUGUCCAACAGGAUUACCAUAUCAGGAUGAAAAUGCAAUAAUUUCACAUUGUUCUAUUACCAAUCCAUGUCCUGUUAAUUAUUUUUGCCACAUUGGAGCUGAUAUAUUAACAACUGUAUGUUGCAAAGUAACAACAUUUAUGUCACCAUGCAGUAUUCCGGUACAAAUUGGUCAUGGAAUGGGACAUAUGAAACGUGUCUAUUAUAAUGUUGCACUUCGGCAAUGUAUACCAUUUAUUUAUUCUGGAAUGGGUGGGAAUGAGAAUAAUUUUUUAACAAUUCAAGAAUGUGCUAAUAAAUGUUUAAAUGAUGAAUCAAAUAUUAUUCGAUAUUUUGAUACUG